AUGGGUAGAGAGGACAAAGCAACUUGGAAAGCUAACUAUUUUGUGAAGUUGGUGAAUUUACUUGACGAGUUCCCAAAAUGUUUCAUCGUGGGAGCCGACAAUGUGGGUUCAAAACAGAUGCAGCAAAUCCGCAUCAGUCUUCGUGGAAAUGCUGUCGUGCUGAUGGGCAAGAAUACAAUGAUGAGGAAGGCAAUAAAAGGCCAUAUCGAAAGAAAUCAAUCUCUUGAAAAGAUCAUGCCUCACAUCAGAGGAAAUGUAGGAUUUGUUUUCACUCGUAGUGAUUUGGUUGAGAUCAGAGAUAAGCUUUUGGAAAAUAAAGUUCGUGCCCCAGCUCGUCCUGGUGCUAUUGCACCUUGCCCCGUUGUUAUUCCUGCCCAGAACACUGGACUUGGACCAGAAAAAACUUCUUUCUUCCAGGCGCUGUCUAUUCCAACUAAAAUUUCUAAGGGAACAAUUGAAAUCAUCAAUGAUGUCCAUAUUUUAAAAGAAGGUGACAAAGUAGGAGCUUCUGAGGCAACCUUAUUGAACAUGUUGAAUAUUUCUCCAUUUAAUUAUGGUUUGGCCGUACAGAUGGUAUAUGAUUCUGGAACUAUCUUUGAACCUGAAAUCUUAGAUAUCAAGCCAGAAGAUUUAUUGAAGACCUUCUUAAUAGGAGUCUCUCAAGUAACAGCUGCUUGUCUUGCAAUCAGCUAUCCUACUAUUGUGUCUGCUCCUCACAUGUUGAUCAAUGGUUUCAAGAACUUGGUUGCUGUUGCUGCUGAAACUGAAAUUGAAUUCAAAGAAGCUACAACUUUCAAGGAAUACCUUAAGGAUCCAUCCAAGUUUGCUGUUGCCGUUGCAGCUCCUGUAGAAAGUGCAGCUCCAGCUAAGGAAGCAAAGAAAGAAGAAAAGGUCGAAAGUGAAGAAGAAGAAGAUGAUGAUAUGGGUUUCGGUCUAUUUGACUAA